GGACUUUUUCCUUUUCUCUUUUUAAGCGUUCGCUUCAGUUAUUUUGAUCCACUACUACGUUUUAGCACCUUCACUCUAUUCCUCGUAGAGCUAGUAGCAACUGGAAAAGCAAUAGAUAAAGUAAUGUGUGGUAUUUCUGCUCUACUUCUUGCCGACCCGCACCAGGCGGCGGUCACCGAGCUGCAUGAGAGUCUGGGUCUCUUGCAGCAUCGCGGUCAGGAUGCAGCGGGCAUCGUUACGUGCGGACACAAGGGCCGGCUGUACCAGUGCAAGGGCAAUGGCAUGGUGCGCGACGUGUUUACGCCGCAGCGCCUCAUGGCGCUCAGCGGAUACAUGGGUGUAGCGCAUGUGCGGUACCCAACGGCCGGGACUCCGGCGGACUCGGAGGCGCAGCCGUUCUACGUGAACAGCCCGUACGGCAUUGUGGUCGGGCACAACGGCAACCUGACGAACCACAGCGAGCUGCGGCACUACCUCGACUACGACGCGCACCGGCACAUCAACACGGACUCGGACAGCGAGCUGCUGCUCAACAUCUUCGCCAACAACCUGCAGCGCACGGGCAAGUUCCGCAUCAACGAGCAGGACAUCUUCACGGCGAUCCAGGGUCUGUACAAGGAAUGCCGCGGAGCGUAUGCGGUGACGGCGAUGCUGGCGGGAUUCGGCAUCAUUGGGUUCCGCGAUCCGCACGGAAUCCGGCCGCUGGUGUUUGGGCGGCGCAAGUCGUCGUCGGGCAAGGGGUACGACUACAUGUUUGCGUCGGAGAGUGUGGUGCUCGACGCGCUGGACUUUACCGACGUCGAGGACGUGCAGCCUGGCGAAGUCAUCAUCGUGUCCAAGUUUGCAGUGACGCGGCGCCGGCUGGUAGUGGAGGAGGUCAUCGCCCCGUGCAUCUUCGAGUAUGUGUACUUUGCGCGUCCCGACUCGACCAUCGACAGCAUCCCCGUCUACAACGCGCGGCUGGACAUGGGCGUCAAGCUGGCGCACAAGAUCCGCGCCGAGAUGGGCGAUACCAUGGACAUCGACGUGGUGAUCCCAGUGCCAGACACGAGCCGAGCCGCAGCGCUGCAGCUCUCGCACGAGCUGGGUCUGCCGUACCGCGAGGGCUUCAACAAGAACCGGUACGUGGGACGCACGUUCAUCAUGCCUGGACAGGAGAUGCGGCGCAAGAACGUGCGGCGCAAGCUCAACGCGAUGGCCACUGAGUUCAAGGACCUCAACGUGCUGCUGGUCGACGACUCAAUUGUGCGCGGCACCACGUCGCAGGAGAUCAUCCAGAUGGCGCGCGAUGUGGGCGCGCGCAAGGUGUACUUUGCGUCGGCUGCACCCGCCAUCCGCCACCCGAACGUCUACGGCAUUGACAUGCCGUCGAUGAAGGAGCUGGUGGCUGCCGACCGCGACGAUUCGGAGGUUGCGUCCGUGCUGGGCGCUGAUCGCGUGUUCUUCCAGGACCUGGAUGAUCUGGUUGCGUCAUGCCGCCAGUUCAACCCGCGGAUCAAGAACUUUGACACGUCGGUGUUUGAUGGCAAGUAUGUCACCAACGACGUCACCAAGGAGUAUCUGGACAACCUCGAGCAGCAGCGCUCGGACGAUGCCAAGGCGAAGGGCGCUGCUGACGCCGAUGUCAUUGGCCUCUACAACAUCAAAUAG